AGGAGUGGUGUGGGUUGAAUUGAGUAAACUCACGCAGGGGUAUUUUGGUCAUUUACAUUGGAAAUGGGCAAAAUCAUUUGGGUGGAGAGCAGAAUUCGUGUGUGAAUCCUCUCUCUUUCUCAAUCUAUCUUUCCACGCGAUCUGUGACUAUAACGAAACGAGAGAGAUGAUGUACUCACGGUUCAGAACCGUCGCUAAAAACCUCAAAUCCACCACAAAACCCUUCUCUUUCACCACCGCCACCACAACAACCACCGUAUCAUCCUCCGAAUUUCCACAGAAUCUGACCGAACUCCGAGCUCGUCUUGCAAGGGAAUCCCCAUCCCUAUCAGACUUCAUUUCCUUGAAAUCGAACAACGCAUACUCUGUUGAAGUUGGAACGAAGAAGAAUCCGCUUCCGAAACCGAAAUGGAUGAAGGAAUCGAUUCCUGGUGGUUGGAAGUAUGUGCAGAUUAAGAAGAAACUGAGAGAAUUGAAGCUUCAUACGGUUUGUGAGGAGGCGAAGUGCCCUAAUAUGGGAGAGUGUUGGUCUGGUGGUGAAACGGGUACCGCUACCGCUACUAUUAUGAUUCUUGGUGAUACUUGUACUCGAGGUUGCAGAUUUUGCAAUGUUAAGACAUCAAGGACUCCUCCACCACCUGACCCUGAUGAGCCCACCAAUGUGGCUGAAGCAAUUGCAUCGUGGGGUUUGGAUUAUGUUGUUAUAACAAGUGUUGACCGUGAUGAUUUACCUGAUCAAGGGAGCAGUCAUUUUACUGAAACAGUUCAGAAGCUGAAGAUACUGAAACCUAGCAUACUGAUAGAAGCCUUAGUCCCCGACUUUCGAGGAAAUGCUGAGUGUGUAGAGAAGGUUUCCAAAUCAGGAUUAGAUGUCUUUGCGCAUAAUAUUGAGACAGUUGAAGAGCUACAGAGUGCUGUGCGCGAUCACCGGGCUAAUUUUAAUCAGUCUUUGGAUGUUCUAAGGAUGGCCAAGGAUUAUGCCCCUGCGGGAACCCUCACCAAGACUUCAAUAAUGUUAGGUUGUGGGGAAACACCUGACCAGAUUGUGAAGACAAUGGAGAAGGUGAGAGCAGCUGGCGUUGAUGUGAUGACAUUUGGUCAGUAUAUGAGACCCUCAAAACGCCAUAUGCCCGUAUCAGAAUAUAUUACACCUGAGGCCUUUGAGAAGUAUCAGACUCUUGGCAUGGAAAUGGGAUUUCGAUAUGUGGCAUCUGGGCCCAUGGUAAGGUCAUCAUACAAGGCAGGUGAAUUCUAUAUUAAAUCCAUGAUUGACUCAGAUCGGGCUGUAUCUUCUCAAAGCUGAGUACCUGUUCAUUAUUUUUUCUUUCAUUUUUGUAAUUUACACACUACUGAUGUGCAUUAUGUAUAAGAAGAGGCACAUGCUUACUUCAUUCUGUUGAUGCCCAUAGCACAUGUAAUCUAUAACUAAGAUGGUAUUAAUGAGUGGGAAAAUUUAUUUGAAAAAUGAAAAUCUUAAAGGGGUUAAUUUGUGUUCUCA